ACUCAUCUCGCCAGCAAAGGACACCUACAGAGAUGUCCUCAGUCCUUCACUUCUAUGUCCGUCCCUCUGGCCACGAGAGGGCAACCUCUGAAUAUACUCAAAGGAAGCUGCAAGGGGAACUGCCAGAGCUGCAGGGUGUCAAGACCGAGCUGUGCUACAACGUGAACUGGACAGGUGAGUCCUCCCCGAGCGCCGAGGAGAUGAAGAAGCUGACAUGGCUGUUUGGCUGCCCCUUGUUACUGGACGAUGUCGCUCAGGAGUCCUGGCUCCUCCCCGGCCCCACUGACCUGCUGCUGGAGGUCGGGCCCAGGCUGAACUUCUCCACGCCAACAUCCAGCAACAUCGUGUCAGUGUGCCAGGCUGCGGGGCUGGGGGCCGUGGACCGCGUGGAGCCGACCCAGCGCUACCUGCUCUCGGUCUGGCCCUAGACUCCUGGGACCUGGAUUUCUACACCAAGCGCUUCCAGGAGCUGCAGCGGAACCCCAGCACUGUGGAGGCCUUCGACUUGGCUCAGUCCAAUAGUGAGCACAGCCGACACUGGUUCUUCAAGGGCCGACUCCACGUGGAUGGGCAGGAACUGGCACACUCGCUGUUUGAGUCCAUCAUGAGCACCCAGGCAUCCUCGCACCCCAACAACGUCCUCAAGUUCUGUGACAACAGCAGGUAGGCUGUGCCCUCAGCUGGGGUGACCUCAGAACCCAGGGAAUGGGAGGCCCCAGGCUCUGGUGGGGUAAGUGCAGAUGCCGGGAAGGAAGUGAGACUCAGAACGGAUGUGUCCACAGUGCAAUCCAGGGGAAGGAAGUCCAAUUCCUGCGUCCCGAGGACCCCUCACGGCCAAGCUGCUUCCGGCAACGUCAGGGGCUGAGACAUGUUGUCUUCACGGCAGAGACCCACAACUUCCCCACGGGAGUAGCCCCCUUCAGCGGUGCGACCACUGGCACAGGGGGCCGGAUCCGAGAUGUCCAGUGCACAGGCCGCGGGGCCCACGUGGUGGCUGGCACUGCUGGCUAUUGCUUUGGAAACCUGCACAUCCCAGGUUACAGUAUGCCCUGGGAGGAUCCAAGCUUCCAGUACCCUGGGAACUUGGCCCGACCCCUGGAGAUUGCCAUCGAGGCCAGUAGUGGGGCUUCUGACUACGGCAACAAGUUUGGAGAACCAGUUCUGGCUGGCUUUGCCCGUUCCUUGGGCCUCCAGCUCCCAGAUGGCCAGCGGCGUGAGUGGAUCAAGCCCAUCAUGUUUAGUGGAGGCAUUGGGUCCGUGGAAGCUGAGCAUGUGAGCAAGGAGCCCCCAGAGCCAGGCAUGGAUGUUGUGAAGGUUGGGGGUCCUGUCUACAGGAUUGGAGUUGGGGGCGGAGCUGCCUCGUCCGUGCAGGUGCAGGGAGACAAUGCCAGCGACCUGGACUUUGGGGCUGUGCAGCGGGGAGACCCGGAGAUGGAACAGAAGAUGAACCGUGUGAUCCGGGCUUGCGUGGAGGCCCCCGGAGGAAACCCCAUCUGCAGUCUUCAUGACCAGGGUGCCGGUGGCAAUGGCAACGUCCUGAAGGAGCUGAGUGACCCGGCCGGAGCCGUCAUUUAUACCAGCCGCUUCCAGCUCGGGGACCCGACCCUGAAUGCCCUGGAAAUCUGGGGGGCCGAGUACCAGGAGUCAAAUGCACUUCUGCUGAGGCCCCCCGACCGGGACUUCCUGAGUCGUGUCAGCGCCCGGGAACGCUGCCCAGUUUGCUUUGUGGGCACCAUCACGGGAGACAGGAGGAUAGUGCUGGUGGAUGAUCGGGAGUGUCCUAUGGGAAGAGAUGGCCAGGGGGAUGCCCCCCCAACACCUCCCCCGACCCCUGUGGACCUGGAUCUGGACUGGGUGCUGGGCAAGAUGCCCCGGAAGGAGUUCUUCCUGCAGAGGAGUGUGCCCGUGCUGCGGCCCCUGGCCUUGCCCCCAGGGCUGAGCGUGCGCCAGGCCCUGGCACGCGUCCUCAGGCUGCCUGCGGUGGCCAGCAAGCGCUACCUCACCAGCAAGGUGGACCGCUCCGUGGGCGGCCUGGUGGCACAGCAGCAGUGUGUGGGACCCCUGCAGACCCCGCUGGCAGACGUGGCGGUGGUGGCACUGAGUCACCAGGAGCUUGUAGGGGCUGCCACAGCCCUGGGAGAGCAGCCAGUCAAGAGCCUGCUGGACCCCAAGGUUGCUGCCCGGCUGGCCGUGGCCGAAGCCCUCACCAACCUGGUGUUUGCUCUGGUCACCGAUAUCCGGGACGUGAAAUGCAGCGGGAACUGGAUGUGGGCGGCCAAGCUCCAGGGGGAGGGCGCGGCUCUGGCCGAUGCCUGUGGGGCUGUGGUGGCAGUGAUGGCGGCCCUGGGUGUGGCAGUGGACGGUGGCAAGGACUCCCUCAGCAUGGCCGCCCGGGUUGGCGCUGAGACCGUGCGGGCUCCUGGGUCGCUGGUCAUCUCAGCCUAUGCUGUCUGUCCAGACAUUACAGCCACUGUGACCCCAGACCUCAAGUGUCCCGGAGGGAGAGGCCACCUGCUCUACGUGCCUCUGAGUCCUGGGCGCCAUCGGCUCGGGGGCACAGCUCUGGCCCAGUGCUUCUCCCAGCUCGGCGAGCAGCCUCCCGAUCUGGACCUUCCUGAGAACUUGGUGCGAGCCUUCGGCAUCACCCAGGGGCUGCUGAAAGACCGCCUCCUCUGCUCAGGCCACGAUGUCAGUGACGGAGGUCUCAUCACCUGCCUGCUAGAGAUGGCCUUUGCUGGGAAUUGUGGGAUAGAGGUGGCCGUCCCUGCCCCUGGGGUCAAUGCGCUGCCUGUACUGUUCGCUGAGGAGCCAGGCUUGGUGCUGGAGGUGCAAGAGCCAGACCUGGCCCAAGUACUGACACGUUACCGGGAGGCUGGCCUCCACUGCCUGGAGCUGGGCCGCACGGGCAGCACCGGGCCCCACGCCAUGGUCCGGGUAUCAGUGAACGGGGCUGUCGUUCUGGAGGAGCCCGUUGGGCAGCUACGAGCCCUCUGGGAGGAGACCAGUUUCCAGCUGGAUCGGCUGCAGGCAGAGCCCCACUGUGUGGCCCAGGAAGAAGAGGGGCUGAGGGAGCGGACGGGGCCCACCUACUGCCUGCCCCCCACCUUUCCCACAGCUUCCGUGUCUCAUGAGCCUGGUGGUCCCGCCCCCCGAGUUGCCAUCUUUCGAGAAGAAGGCAGUAACGGAGACCGGGAGAUGGCCGAUGCCUUCCACUUGGCUGGGUUUGAGGUGUGGGAUGUGACCAUGCAGGACCUCUGCUCUGGAGCAGUCAGGCUGGACACGUUCCAAGGCGUGGCCUUCGUGGGCGGCUUCAGCUACGCGGACGUCCUGGGCUCUGCCAAAGGGUGGGCAGCCGCUGUGACCUUUAACCCCCAGGCCGGGGCUGAGCUGAGGCGCUUCCGGCAGCGGCCAGACACCUUCAGCCUCGGCGUGUGUAACGGCUGCCAGCUGCUGGCCCUGCUGGGCUGGGUGGGAGGCAGUCCUGGUGACGAGGUGGCAGAGAUGGGCCACGAGUCCUGGCCAGCCCGGCCCGGCCUCCUGCUGUGCCACAACCGGUCUGGGCGCUUCGAGUCGCGCUGGGCCAGCGUGCGAGUGGGGGCUGGGCCGGCCCUGAUGCUGCGAGGGAUGGAGGGUGCCGUGCUGCCCGUGUGGAGCGCCCACGGGGAAGGUUAUAUGGCAUUUUCUUCCCCGGAACUCCAAGCCCAGAUGGAGGCCAGGGGCUUGGCUCCGCUGCAUUGGGCAGACGAUGAUGGCAACCCCACGGAACAGUACCCCCUGAAUCCCAACGGGUCCCCAGGGGGCAUGGCUGGCAUCUGCUCCCCUGAUGGCCGCCACCUGGCUCUCAUGCCUCACCCUGAGCGGUCUGUGAGGCCUUGGCAGUGGGCGUGGCGACCCCCUCCAUUUGACACUAUGACCACCUCCCCCUGGCUCCAGCUCUUCAUCAAUGCCCGAAACUGGACCCGGGAAGGAGGCUGCUGAGCAGGCCGGGGAGACUCCCCUGGGCCCCGUGGUUUUCACCCACGGUGUCUUUAGAAGUACCUCAUAUUAUUUCUGUGUGUCUUGGACAGACGAGGACCAAAAUGCCCAAAAAAACCUUGGCUAAUUUUAUGAAUCUG